AUCACCGAGUCCACAUCCCAAAAUACUACCAGCUUCACUUCUUCAAUCACCACCACUGACAACAUCUCACACAGUAUGCCCAGCUUCACUUCCUCAGUCGCCACCACUGAGAUCAUCUCACACAGUACUCACAGCUUCCCUUCUUCAAUCACAAACACUGAGACCAUAUCACACAGGACUCCCAGCUUCACUUCUUCGAUUGCCACCACCGAGACCACAUCACACAAUACUCCCGGCUUCACUUCUUCGACUGCCACCACCGAGAUCACCUCACACAGUACUCCCAGCUUCACUUCUUCUAUCACCACCACGGAGACAACCUCACAGAGUUCUCCCAGCUUCACUUCUUUGAUCACCAUCACUGGGUCCACAUUCCACACUACUGCCAGCUUCACUUCUUCAAUCACCACCACUGAGACCACCUCACACGGUACUCACAGCAUCACUUCUUCAAUCAUCACCAUGGAGAGGACAUCCCACAGCCCUCCCAGCUACACUUCUUCAAUCGCCAACAGGGAGACACCCUCACACACUGUUCCCAGCUUCACUUCUUUGAUCACCACCACCGAGAGCACAUCCCACAGUAAUCCCAGCUUGACUUCUGCCAUCACCGCCACUGAGACCAGGUCACACAGUCCUCCCAUCUUCACUUCUUCGAUCACCACCAGAAAGACCACCUCACACAGUACUCCCAGCUUCACUUCUUUGAUCACCACCACCGAGACCACCUCACGCAGUCCUCCAGGCUUCACGUUUUCGAUCCCCACUACCGAGACCACCUCACACAGUCGUCCCAGGUUCACUUCUUCAAUCACUACCACCGAAACCCCUUCACACAGUACUCCCAGCUUCACUUCUUGGAUCACCACCACCGAGUCCGCCUCACACAAGACCACCUCACACAGUACUCCCAGCUUCACUUCUUCGAUUGCCACCACUGAGAACACCUCACACAGUACUCCCAGCUUCACUUCUUCAAUUACCACCACGGAGACAACCUCACAGAGUUCUCCCAGCUUCACUUCUUCGAUCACCAUCACUGGGUCCACAUCCCACAGUACUGCCAGCUUCACUUCUUCAAUCACCACCACUGAGACCACCUCACACAGUACUCCCAGCAUCACUUCUUCAAUCACCACCACCGAGAGGACAUCCCACAGCACUCCCAGCUACACUUCUUUGAUCGCCACCACUGAGACACCCUCACACACCGUUCCUAGCUUCACUUCUUCAAUCACCACCACAGAGAGCACAACCCACAUCCUCUGA